GAUUUAACAGAAGUGGCAUCUGGGACACAUAACUCUUCCCCUUCACUCACUUUUGCUCUCGUUUUCGCUGCCUUUUGAAUCCCUCUUUCAGUCCUGUCGUUCUCCACGCCCUUAAACUCGCCCCUCUCCUCCAGUCCCUCACUGACUCGUUCUCUGUGCCUCUUUGAGAAGAAGGAUGUGGGGUGAUGUGUGCGUGUGGCAUUUGGGGCUUCUGUUUUUGGGGUUAGGAUGGGUGCAUGGACAAAGCCAGACCAACUUCACAAGGCCCAUAUUCCAGUGUGGUGCCCAUUUGGUGACUGACUCGGGGUUUGUGGCUAGUGAAGGUUUCCCCUCUCAUUACAAACCAAACUCCAAAUGCACCUGGUACAUCACAGUCCCAGAAGGUCAUGUUGUGAUGGUCCAGUUCAGGAUCUUUGAUCUAGAGGCGGAUCCCACCUGCCGCUAUGACUAUGUGGAUGUCUAUAAUGGACACUCAUACACGGUGCAGAAACUGGGCCGGUUCUGUGGGACGUUCCGACCUGGAGCCCUCAUCUCCACCUCCAACACCAUGAUGUUGGAGAUGGUGUCUGAUGCCAGCACAGGAGGAAGAGGAUUCCUGGCUUAUUUCAGUGGGGGGAAACCACAUGUUGAUGAGAAUCAGUUUUGUGGUGGCAGACUGACGAAGCCUCAGGGUUCAGUGAAGACACCGAACUGGCCGGAAUCUGAUUACCCAGCAGGCAUCAGCUGUUCUUGGCACAUAUCUGUGGAGCCCAACAUGGUGAUUGAGGUUAAGUUUGAGAAGCUGGACUUGGAAUUAGACACAUACUGUCGUUAUGACUACGUGGCCCUGUUCAACGGGGGAGAGACUGAUGACUCUCGACGUAUUGGCAAAUUCUGUGGAGACAUGGUUCCAGAUGUGGUUGUGACCAAUGGAAAUGAGUUGCUGGUGCACUUUGUAUCGGAUCUGAGUGUGACGGCUUCAGGCUUCAUGGCUCACUACAGGAGUAUUCCCAGAAGCUCCCGCACAGCCACUGCUAGCCUUGACACAGUACAUGGGCCGAGAGUCGACAUAAUACCUACUAAACCCACUUCUCAACCAGCCAGACCUAAACCUAAAACUAAGCCUAGUAGGCCGACACCAAAAGCUCCCUCAAGACCACCUAAACCCGUACCACCCAGACCAACUCCUAAGCCAAGAUCAAAGCCCAAACCAGUCAGACCUACAACAAGAUCUGGUUCUAGAGUCUCACCAAAACCUGCCGUAAAAGUGACCGCAAAACCUGCGACGAAGCCUACACCUAAGCCAAAACCAACAAGUACUACGGCAAAGCCAAAAGUAAAGCCUGGUGUCAAACCAACAGCAAAGCCAAAGACCAAUCCCAUUGCAAAACCUGGGAACAAAACAACAAAAGCAGCCCCAGUGGGCAACCCACUGUGUUCCCAACCAUGCAAGAGAAUAGGCACUCUCGUGACCCGCUUCUGCCCCAGUCAUUUUGUGUUGACUGGUAAAGUGACAUCAGUGACCCCAGGAUCUCAAGGCAGUGCUGAAGUUGAGGUGUCUGUCAUAAAGGUCUAUAAGGCAGGUAGACUUCAAUUCAGAAAAAGAGGACCCACCACGUCUGCCACACUGACAGCUACGUGUAUGAAGUGUCCAGCACUGCGUAAAGGAGUGAACUAUGUGCUGAUGGGCCAGGUGAAUGACGAAGGCCUUGGCGUUCUGACCCCAUCCAGCUUUGCCCUUCAGCAUAAGACAGUGCAUGACAAAGCACUGGCCAACCUCGCAAAGAAAACAUUCCACAUAAAACAUGAAAAACAAAGUGUGUGUGUGUGUGUCCAGGUGAUUGAGGUUAAGUUUGAGAAGCUGGACUUGGAAUUAGACACAUACUGUCGUUAUGACUACGUGGCCCUGUUCAACGGGGGAGAGACUGAUGACUCUCGACGUAUUGGCAAAUUCUGUGGAGACAUGGUUCCAGAUGUGGUUGUGACCAAUGGAAAUGAGUUGCUGGUGCACUUUGUAUCGGAUCUGAGUGUGACGGCUUCAGGCUUCAUGGCUCACUACAGGAGUAUUCCCAGAAGCUCCCGCACAGCCACUGCUAGCCUUGACACAGUACAUGGGCCAAGAGUCGACAUAAUACCUACUAAACCCACUUCUCAACCAGCCAGACCUAAACCUAAAACUAAGCCUAGUAGGCCGACACCAAAAGCUCCCUCAAGACCACCUAAACCUAAACCACCCAGACCAACUCCUAAGCCAAGAUCAAAGCCCACACCAGUCAGACCUACAACAAGAUCUGGUUCUAGAGUCUCACCAAAACCUGCCGUAAAAGUGACCGCAAAACCUGCGACGAAGCCUACACCUAAGCCAAAACCAACAAGUACUACGGCAAAGCCAAAAGUAAAGCCUGGUGUCAAACCAACAGCAAAGCCAAAGACCAAUCCCAUUGCAAAACCUGGGAACAAAACAACAAAAGCAGCCCCAGUGGGCAGCCCACUGUGUUCCCAACCAUGCAAGAGAAUAGGCACUCUCGUGACCCGCUUCUGCCCCAGUCAUUUUGUGUUGACUGGUAAAGUGACAUCAGUGACCCCAGGAUCUCAAGGCAGUGCUGAAGUUGAGGUGUCUGUCAUAAAGGUCUAUAAGGCAGGUAGACUUCAUUUCAGAAAAAGAGGACCCACCACGUCUGCCACACUGACAGCUACGUGUAUGAAGUGUCCAGCACUGCGUAAAGGAGUGAACUAUGUGCUGAUGGGCCAGGUGAAUGACGAAGGCCUUGGCGUUCUGACCCCAUCCAGCUUUGCCCUUCAGCAUAAGACAGUGCAUGACAAAGCACUAGCCAACCUUGCAAAGAAAACAUGCUGACCUCACAAACACUGACUACAAUCCCACUCUGGUUUGUUUUAAUCAUAACAUCAAAGUCAGGCAGGGAAAAUACUAAUUGAAUCAACAAAAUCCUUAAUAUGGAUUUAGCAUCUUUUUAUAUAUCUGGAGGUGCAGUAUAUGAGUUAGAGUCAAUAUUCGAAUGCCAGGAGAACUGAAGAUUCAGAAAUCUGCAGUGUUUUAUGGGUCAUAACUGAAUCGCUCAGUCAUAUUCAGGGUAUAAAGUACAAGGUGACAUUUGCCAGUUUAUGAUUAUUGUGUUUCUAUUAUUAGAUUAUUAGCUCUGUUAAAUGUACUAUGCAAACAGUUUUAUAUGACACAAUGUAUUCACUAUAAAUUAUAUUGCUCCUUUAAUUAAAGAUGGUAAAAUAUAUCUGAGGUAUGCCCAAAAGCAUAAAUAACUCAACUGAUUAUAAAUAACUUUUUUCUUUGAUAAGUGUAUUUGCAGAAUAAUACUAAACAAUAAACCUCAUUCAUAACUA